UCUGGUUCUAAAAUUCCUAACUCCAGUUAAAUGUCAACAUCCACAGUGUCAACAUUAGAGAUCGCAGAGGACGCAGAGCGUAGUGUGUAACAAAAAACCCUUAGCUAAUGUGAGCUCAAUCUUCUGCGGUUUUUGCUGUUUCGUAAGACUUGCAACCAAAGUGAGGUAGUGAUCUGUCUUUGAGGGAAAUUUUCAAAAAUAAUUGUGAUGAGCAUGUCCGAAGCCACAAGUUUCAUCCCUCAAUCGGUGUUUUCGAUUCCACUUUUGGCAAAUAAUAGUUCAGCUGUAGACCACGACUUGGCCACAAAGUCUAAAAAAGCAACUGAACGGAUCUCGGAAAAUAUGCACAUAGUUGCAAAUGAACCAUCAUUGGCUUUUUACCGUGUGCAGGAGCAUGUACGGAAGGCACUUCCUCCAAUGGUCAGCAAAAGAGUUGAAGUAAAAAAGCUGAAUCAAGAACUACAAGGGAGGUGUUAUGAUCUGGAAUAUGCGCUCGGGGCAGUGAAAUCAAUGGAGAGCGCUGAACCUACUUUUAAAAAUCUUCAAGAUUUGACAAAAAACGCAAUUUACUUCAAACAGCAGCUGAAAUAUGAAGAAUCAAGACGAUCAAAAAAGGAACCAUCUGUCUACAAACGGCUAUCGGCGCACAUAUCUCAGGAGAUCCCUGAUUUAGCGGAUAUUUCAGACGCACUUCGAGAAACUGCUUCUCGAGUCGAGUCAAUGAUGACGAAUGCAAGAAGCAACCCAGGCCCUGCGCCAGCUCCAGUUGCGACUGAAGCCUCCGAAACCAGUGGCUCUACAAUUAACCAGCAGACAUAAGAACUUUGAUAUUUUGUGGAGAUGGAUGGUAUAGAAAUCAAACAUAAAAUGCUUGAAGAAACUAAAAAUGUACCGUAAUUCUUCUAGAGCAUCAAUGGUGUGCAAUGAAAAUUUUUAUUUAUCCUAUUUUACUGUGAUUCAAAUUAUGUUAUUACGCAAUAAAUCUAAAAUAUAAAAGUAA